AUGGGUCACUAUGGAGCACCAUUGUCUCCAACCAAGACUGACGCCCUCCCCACAACCACACCCAAUAUCACUCCCUUAUCUCCGAGUCUGGCUGGCCUCCAAACAGCCAUACUCCAGCUAGUCUCGACGGUGGACACUUUGCGUGCAGAACUGAAGAAUGAAAUUGCUGAGAUCAAAACCGACAUGGCUGCAUUACGCAAGGAUGUUAGCGACCUCCAACACCAGGUUCAAGGGCUUGAAACCCAGCAACACAUAUUGGCCCAAAGGGUCACCAGCCUCGAGGUGGCCCAGGCACACAUGUCCUCAUCGUCGUCUUCGGGGUCCAAUCAUACACAAGCAUCAUCGGACAUUGCAUCGGGAGAUAGUGCUGCAGAAGAUGUGACGGCCUCUCAUGCUGCUCAUAUUCAAGUCUGA